GUGUCAGACCAUGUCCAGUGGAAGGUAACUGGGGGUCUUGGCUACCAUGGAGCCCAUGCAGUGAGACCUGUGGUAAGGGUAUGCAGUCCAGGAUCCGGCUAUGCAACAACCCCCCUCCAGCAUUUGAUGGGCCGCAGUGUGAGGGCACAGACACACAAACACAAGUGUGCAAGGAGAGGCCAUGUCCUGUGGAUGGAAAGUGGUCGUCCUGGGUGAGCUGGGGAGCCUGCAGUGUUUCCUGUGGAGGUGGGACCAGACAGAGAACACGCCUCUGUGCUAGCCCCACGCCUCAGCACGGUGGCAGGCAGUGUGAGGGCAACGAUGUGCAUAUUGACUUCUGUAACAGCGACCCCUGCCCCAUCAAUGGUAACUGGGGUCCAUGGAGCAGCUGGGGCAGCUGCAGCAAGACAUGUAAUGGAGGUCAGAUGAGGCGCUACAGGACCUGUGACAACCCCAGACCUGCUAAUGGUGGGAGAGCUUGUGCAGCUGCUGAUACACAGAUACAGAGAUGCAGCACAGUCAACUGCCCCGUUGAUGGUAACUGGGCUUCAUGGCAGCCUUGGGGAGAAUGUUCUGCUUCCUGUGGAGGCGGUGAGAGGACACGUGUUCGGCUCUGCAAUAGUCCAUCUCCCAGUAACGGUGGCCGGCCGUGUCCAGGAGACUCCACCCAGCUGUCCAGGUGUAACACGCAGGCCUGCCCAGGUGGGCCCCAGAAGGCUCGAGGAAACAUUAUAGGGAACAUCAAUGAUGUUGAGUUUGGCAUCGCCAGCCUUAAUGCCACCAUCACAGAUAGCAAGUCUGGCAGCAAAAUCAUCAAAGCCACAAUUUCUAAUGUACCGAGGACAUUAGGGCCUGCAAUGAGGAAGCUCAUCUCCAUCCUGAACCCCAUCUACUGGACCACUGUGCAGGAAAUAGGGGAGGCUGUCAACGGCUACACGCUAACAGGAGGCGUCUUCAGGCGAGAGACGCAGGUGGAGUUUGCUACAGGUGAGAUCCUGAGGAUGACCCACAUUGCCAGGGGCCUGGACUCUGAUGGAGCGUUGUUGUUGGACAUUGUAGUCAACGGACACAUCUUACAGCUGCCUUCACAAGCUGACAUCAGCAUCAAGGACUACACAGAGGAUUACAUCCAGACGGGCCCCGGCAUCGACAAGGAAAGUGUGCCCUACUCCUGGAACCACACAAUCUCCUAUGACCUGUCCAAAGGGAAGAUGCCGUAUCUGGUAGAAAUGCUGCAGGCCACAGCCAUCAGUGCUCAUUAUCACCCACUGGACGAGGUGUUGGAGUACAGCAUCCAAGCUAGUAUCACUAAAGGUAUAUGA